UAACAGAACACACGCAACUCUCAUGCCAAUAUGUGAUGCGGCACAACAGAAGCGCGGCAUAGAUCUAAGAAGUUAACCAAAAUUAAUCUAACUGAAAAUAACAGGUGGUAUAACACGAUUGUGUAGCAGAGAAGGAUCAAAUAUGAAUCAAAGGACAUGCGUAUGACACAUUUUAAUAGCAAUUAAAACAUGUUGUGGAGCGACAACGCUUGCACUCGAAUCGGAGAACGCUUUUUAAAGUUUGGCGGAGUUUUCAUGGAAACCCCUAAGUUUAAAAAUUAAUAAUAGUGCACUUGAGUUUGUCACUCUUAAGCGCAUCUUUUGAGGUCCAGUUGGAUGACUUUAUCGCCAAAUAUAAUGGAGUUAUUCACCUAAGAAGCACCCCAAAAAAUGACAUUACUUGAUGGUUUCUAUCAUAACUUAUUUUUCGGAAAAAGUAAAAUGCAAAAUAAAGUAGAAUAAAGUGAUAAAAGCUGAAUGAUAAAAGAUUCAAAUUUUUAAACUUGGGUGUUCUAUGAAAAGUCAGUCAAUACAUACUUUUUUUUGCUGCAGAGGUGGAUAAUCGUUUUUUGGGAACUGUAAAUGUGUCAAAGGAGAAAAGUAAAGAGAAGCUUAAAUCAUAGUCGAUAAGGUGAAGGCAGAUGGAGGAAGAGAAAGAAAAAAGAGAAAGAGAGAGGGAGGGGGGGGGGGGCGAAAUGAAAAUCGAUCACGAUCAAUAAGACAGCUAGUAAGGAUGUACUCGAAUCCAAUCGAAUUGAGUGAGUAUAAUGGGUACCGUGGGCGAGCAAGGCAGCAGCAGCAGUGCAGCUUCUCUAGGUUGGGUUGCAUUGUUUCUGCUUCAUUCUAUUGUGCCGCUAUGUGAAUGGAGCACAUGGAGAGUUUGGGGUGUCGCUACACACAUCCACAAUCACUACAUCACCUCGUGAUGAUCCUCUCUCAACAGCUCUCCUUUAAACCGUCUUGUUUUCAGCAGCUUUUACCAUCUGCCGUUUGCAACUGUUCAACUGUUCAACGGUUGGUGUUGUAAAACGGGAAUACAAAACCUACCCUAGACACAACAGCAACAACAGCACCAUCAGCUAUCAAGGUCUCUUAUCUCAUUAAGGUUUCAGUAACACUCGAGGAGGUGGAUCAAAGGCGUCUAAUUAAUGAUGUGAUGGGUGGCAAAGAAUUAGCGGUGGGCGAACCGAAGCAGCGUCUCUUUUUUAGACAACGGCAAUUAGUAUCGUGGGAGCAUCUAGGAUUACUUUGCAGUUUACCACUAACACUCCUCUCAGCCAGUGCAUACGAUUAGGAAGGAGUCGAAAAUGCGAAAGUCGAAUGUAUUAACGCUUUAACGGGAUUCUAAGUCACAUGGAAAAGACAGAGAGAGGGGAGGGAGAGAUAGAAAAGUGGGAAAAAUGUUAGACAGAGAAAAUGCACCCGCUGCUCUAAGUCCACACUAGCAGACCUCCAUUUAAAUUCAACGAAGCAAUGCUUUUAUUGUUGUUCUUCACAUGUUUCUUCGUGCGAAAGUAAAAAUCUGUGCCUUUUUUGUCACAGAGAAAACAAAUCUUGUUAACAAUUUGACAAUUGAACGCUUCAAUUGACCGAAGAACUCAAAACAAAAGAGCUAAUAAGCACCACGACCCACGACAGACAUCUGUUAGCGUGGACGAAGGGCUGUAAAGAGCUACCAUCCCUCAUAAUCCCAUUGAGUGUGUUCGAUAACAACGUAAUCUUAUCUGUUUCCAUUCUUCAUCUCUCUACUGUUCCUCGCUCUUCCUCAUGCUCUGGCUUGCUAGAAGUUUCUGCUGCAAUUUAAUCAUACUUAGUUGUGGGGACAUCUAAACCGAAAGGGUGAACAGCAGUAACAAAGGGUGAACGCGAGGUCGUUUGUUGGACGACUACCCCCCGUCUCUUUAUGGGCUCCCGUGGAUUCGUGGUCGUCAUAAAAGUAGAUGAUUUUAAAUAUAAUAUACAUGUGUGUGUAUGUAUGUACGUUGCAAAAAGAAGGCGCAGCAGGAGCCACUCCCACGGAAGAGACACACCACUAACGGAAAGAAUAUCAAAACCUUAAAUAAUGCGUAAACCCAUCUUUUGAAUACAUGAUUCACAAUUUAGAAUCGGUGUGGUUGUGCCACCGAAUAAGGAUGAAACUUGAGACCGGGAAUUAGUUAGUAAGAUGCUCUAUAUAUACAUUAACAUAUUAUUAUACACAAAAAACCACACAUGAACUCACACCAACCAGACACACUCGCACUCAAAGCGAUAAUCUUUUAUGACCGCAACUGGCGAAACCAAGCUAGUGAUAAGACAAAUUCAAAUAGUGUGUAGUAAUGAACAGAGCAAAGAGUUUCGAUCGCGCAUGGUCCAAAUAACAAGGAUGUUGAAGGAUGCAAGGCAAGGCAACAAUGUGGUCGAUACUGAGUGAGUGCUUGUUGAUAUGCGUGUAUGUGUGUACGUGUGUUUGAAUUCUUCUUUGCACUGCCGGAAUCAACAUGCUGAUUGUAAUGUGCAA